GUCUCAUAUUGAACGUGGUCGCGUUUACUGUAAGAAUUCGAUGUGUCUUCUAUUUUUGCCACACUAGAUCUAUAAAGAAUAGAAUAAUAAUUAUUAUAAAUUCGAAAUCGAAUAAAAUCGCCUUUCCUGCGUACAUGAAACCGUCGUCGUUCAAUGAUAUACGAAGUUUUAAAGAAUUUAUACGAUCAGUUCCUUUUUUCUUUCCUUUAACUGACCAGUCAAAAUAAAAAGUUAAUUUUUUUUAUUUUUUUCUCGUUUGCCUUGCAUUCUCUUAUUUAGUAAUUGUAGCUGGUCGACUUUGUUUAUGCUACAUAUCUGUUAAGUGCAGUAACUACUUCAAGACGCAUCAGUUACUCAAGAUAAAAAACUUUCUUAUGUCAUUGAUAAUAAUUCUUCCUUAUAAUAAAGUACAAGUGUUAAUUGAAAUUUAAAAAAAAAAUCAAUUUUGUUUGUUGAAACGAAAUAAAUUUAUUUCAAGAAAUAUUAAACAUACGUUUUGCUGUAAGAUAUUAUCGAUAAAGAGAGUCCGCUUAGAAAAAGAAACAAGCAUUAUGUUCAGACGUAAGCACAUCUGAUUCGGCCAGAUUAGGAUUCAAUUCAAAAUGAAGGAGCAUAACAAAUUGUUGAGUACUCUGCAGUUGAGCAAUUUAAUCUAUUGCGAAAACUAUUUCUUUAAUUUAAAUCAAACAUCAUAAUGUAAUGAUUAGGAGAGAACUGAUCAAAUCCAACACCAAUUGUAUUUAAUACUAAAAAUGUGGCAAACUUGAAUAAAAAUGCCUGCAUAGUUCAAAUACCCUAAUAACAAUAAUUUCAAAAAUUAAACACACGAUUAGACCAACAGGUAAAAUGGAAGCAGCUGUCCACCGAACUGAUUCACAAAAAAACCAACCUAAUGGCCCAAGAGUAUCGUUUAAUCGGGAUGUGCAUGUGAAAAGAAUCGGAACACGUCCUAGUGAAAAAUCGAAAAUCGAAACUAAAAACCUUCAGCCACCAAGUACUCAACACUUACGCAGAGAGCUACCUGCAGAUCUGUCUGAGGAAAGCAUUCGCAAAGAAGCAGCUCAUGUUCUGGCACAGGCAGAAAAAAUAAAGUGCAAGGCCGAAAGUGGAAAAAAUAUUCCCUCGCAGAUAAAAAACUUAAACAAUAAAUUAUCUGGUUCUAAUAAAUUUAAUUCCCUUCCAACGCGCAAGAAAAAGUCAGUUCAAAAACCAGUCACCAGGAGCGUUAGUGACGCUUCCUCAAAAAAAUCGAAAAAACCAUCGAUAUUUAACAUAUUUAGCCGCAAAAGCGAUUCCAAUCUCAAUCCAGGCCAACAAGGAACUUCACGUUUUGUAGAAAGUGGUGGUCGUCGAUUGGUUCGGAGUAAAAGUGAUGUUGGCUCGAACAAAGAAUCAAAUCUAUCACAGCGGAAGAAUUCUGAGAAAGAAGAUUUAGCCACAAACAGCGGAAAGCCCAUACAAUUAAGCCCAAUAAUCGAGAACGCACAAAAAGAGGAAUACUUUGAGGAACUCUUUAAUUGUGAGCGCCGAAAGUCUGAAGCCAUUACCGCACAUGAAAAAAAUGCAACAAAGUUAACUGAUUUUUUGACAAAAUAUAAUACAGAGCCAAAACUAAGUGGAAACAUAGGCUAUACAAACCACGAAGAUCUAGAUCUCGUACCCUCAAAGCCCAUAGCUGAAACGAUUCAAGCACUGCAGCAAAAUAAGAUAAAAUCCUUAGAGGAUAUGCACAGCUCUCAGAUACCUCCUAAAAAGCCAACUCUUACAAAAGGACUGACUGUAAAUGGAAUGGUUAAGCGAUUGUCGAUGGAAAGAUUUUCGCCCCCACCUACAAUAUCAGGUCCAGCAUUUUCAUAUACUCGACCUAACGAAAACAUUAUAUACGCACAACUUGUUGAAGAAGAAAGGCCUUUGAAGCGGCCAACAGCUUUUAAAAAUUCACUUCAAUAUAGUCAAAACGGCAAAUCAACUACUUACUCAUCGGAAGACGUUCUUGAUUAUCCAUCUAGUCAUCAAACAUCCAGUGCAAUUAGGAUAGAACCACCAUCACGUGUUAUCAUCAGUCCAGAAAGAGAAGGAUUUUCUAACGUUAAAGGACCUACCAUGAUUCGAAUACAAAAGUCUCCGUCCCCUUGGCAGCAAUUAAGUCCCCGCAAUCUAAGCGAUGAUGACGAGGGUUUAGGUGCCGAAACACGUAAAUAUUAUGAAGAAGAGUCUCAACAUCUAAGCUAUGAUCAACGUAGCAAAAAUCAUUCUGAUAAUCCUAUCGUACCCAUUAUUAGAAGUGUCACUCCGCCAGAUGUGGUACAACCGAAAUCAUUUAACGAGAUAAAUACCUUGAGCCGUCGAAGAGCUAAUCUAGAGUCAAGAAUUAGGUCAAGAAGCUUUGCACCGCCGCCGCCGGAAACAAUAUCAAUAGAAUAUUGCGCCUCCCCUGAUGGCUACAGAGUGCGUGAAGAAUUUCUCGAAGCAGGACAUCCUCAGUACACGACACCAGAGAGGGAUGAUUAUUACCGUUACCAUAAACUAAGAACAGAAGAGAUCAUGAAUAAGUAUUCCCCGGAGAGAUCUUAUUUGGAUAUGAUUGCUCCAAAUAAAAAUAAUGGUCACCAUAGGCAUCAUACCUCACGCUAUGUUCACACAAAAUAUUACGACGAUGGAACAGGUAGGAAUAAGGAAACUUAUGAGCGGGAGGGACAAUUAGAUCCUCAAGGUAAACUUAUCGUAAGAGAGUCACGACGUAGAGAACGCCUAGAUUCAGCUGGAAAAUCAAUAGACAAUAACUUUACUUUAAAUGGUUACGAGCCUAGCAGUAUAGACUCGCAUCUUGUUAGUAAUAUAGAUACGAGCAGGUCUUCUCCAGAAAACCAUAGAAUAAUUAGUAAAAUAAAUUCUUCGGAAGCAGAAACUUGGCAGAACAGUUUGAAGAGAGACAAACUUCAACAAAGAAGUUUCGACAAAGGAGACUCGGGUAUCGAGAACGACUUUCGAAGGGAAGCAAUAAAUGGAAGUGGGAGUUUAAAAUGGCGUAAGCGAACGUUUAAAGACGAUGUUGCGGCUUGUGAGCUUUUCAUCAAAAAGGAACGUCGACACACAGAAAACCAACAUCCGCAUCGUAAACGAUAUGAUUUUGUAUACCGUGAACGAAGCAUCGAUGAUGGCUCCCAUUUUGACCCACGAUUAGACAAAUAUCCAAAAUCUUCUACCUCUACUUUGCAGUGGCGAAAUAAUAAAGAAAAUUCUUCACAAUCUGCAGCAUCUAGUCAUCAAACUAAUCCUAAAGAAGAUACCCUUAAGCGAAAUAAGAAAGUAGGUAGUUUUCAAAAAGUGAAAUUGCUUUUCAGUGGAAACCGGAAGAAAGAACGUGAAUCGAGUGUGAUGACGAAUGAAAAGAGCGUGUCCGCACUUGAUACUGGUGGCAUUAAGGACAAAUAUAUGGUAAAAGAGGAAGAAAUGCGUUCGAGGUAUCGUGAACACCGUACAAGUCAACAAAAUGACUUGCUUGAGCCUAAGAUCGCAACCGAUAUUUCUAUGCGCCGUAGGCUUUCUACUCCUAAAGCCAGUCCUUUGCUCAAACGAACGUCUUCAGAGUCAGUUCGUAAGAAUUCUACUUUAGCAAGGAACACUGUAGAAGCCAAACCAGAAAAAUCUUCAUGGUUUAAAUCAAUCGAAAGAAGAUCAAAAAGUAAAUCAAAAGAAAAGCCUUAUCCUCCAGCAAGCAUUGAAAACGACCCAAGCCAGCUUAAACAUACGAGUAGAUCUUAUCGAACACCACCAGCUGCACCGCCAAUUCCCCCGAAAAAUUUUCGUUUUUUCGGUGAUACUGAUUUGGAUUCUAACCCUCCAACGAUAUCAAGAGCCCAUACAACUCAAAAAUCAAGGCCUUCUGUAUCCACUUUUAAUCGGGCGCAAAAGUACUCUCAAAGUGCCUUCAACCUCGAUCGCAUAAAUCAAACACAUGAAUCAGCUUUAUCUAAUCGCCUUCGCAGUAGUUCGCUUCACAAUCUCGACGAAGAUGGUACUGAUGAAACUGAUACCCGCAAACGACGACAUUACUCCAGAUCUCGUAACCUCGAUGAUAUAUCCGAAAGUGGAUCGGAAACAGAGGAUCAAUAUCACAGACAGCCCUUGACUCCAGUCAAUAGGUCGAUACCAAGGGAAAAAUUAAGCCAUUCCCCCCAAUAUGAAGAUCGAAAGAAAAACGAACGUCAUCAGACUACAUCGGUGUCAACUCUAAAGAAAACAUCCAAUCAUAAUAGCAGUAUUGAUCAACAUAACCAUAGAGCCAAUGUUCUGCCAAAGCCAUUAAGAAGUGCCGAACGACGAUUCCAUUCUAGAGAACACCAACGGCUUCCAGAUAGUUCUGGAACUGAAGGAGAGUCUAGUAUGCAAAGUCAGCGUAGUAUUGUAUACCUUCAUGCAACGACAGUGGGUGCCAUACCAAUUCCAUACCAAGGGACAUCUGAAAGACGGCGAGCAGCAUCUCGCGAAGAUCUACGAAAGAAUAAACUUCAACCAAUGACAAAAUCUGUCUCCCGUUCAGUAUCGAUGCUGGCACCUUGGAAGCCAAAACAUAUGAGUGAAGGUUACGAGAUCAAUUACUCACAAGAACAAAACGAAAAGGAUAAGAAGCUGUCAACUCUUCCACGAAAGAACACAAUCACUCAAGUAUCAUCAAACACACUCAAGCGAAACAAGAGAACCGAACAACCAAGUCGAUCGAGAAGGCAAUCAUCUACCGCCAAAUCCAAGGAAGAUUUGUCUUCCAUAAGAAACUCUUCCAGUACGAGUGCCCCAAAGUCAAAUCUUUCUUCAACAAUGGAUUCUCGAAAAGAAUCCUUGAGACGCAAAUAAAAACCCACUAAUUGUUCUAAAGAAAGAAUAAGAUAAGUUUUGAACAAGCAAUUUAACCAAAUGGAAACAGAAAAUGUCAAAAUUGUCAAUCGGUGCUUAUCAAUCACAGAAGAAAGCUUAGCCCUAUUCUGACUUAGUGGCUGACCGAAUAAUUCUAUUUGAUUAUAAAUCUGCUUGCGUAUGCAUUACUUUUCAUUGGGUACCUACACCAUUUUUAUGGACUCGAAAAACUAGUUGUUCCUGGUUUUAGCCAUAAUGUAUUUGCUUUUUAAUAUUAUUUUUUUUUUUCAUUUCAACUCUGUUGAAUUGCAGAAAUACGCAUAACAGAAUAAGGCUUGACAUAAAUUAAAAUGGAGAGUGUAAAAGCAACAGUCAAGCAAUAAUCCCAACUGGAUAUCCUUGUCAAUCUUACAAUAAAUCGAUUAAACUCAAAGAAAGUUGUAGUUAUAAUUUUAACACUGCAAGCAUACCUACGCAUACUAAAUAUUUCUUUUUAUAUUACUAACCAAUUUAUACAAUACAAUGUAAAACAUUAUGACUCAGCUUUAGUUCGACAAUAUUGUUAUGUAGAUUUUUUGUAUUAAAAUUAAUUUUAACUUAAACACCUAACAUUAAAAAUAUAAUCUAUUAUAAUUAAAAUAAAAUCUUAAAUUCACAACAAUACAAACAA